ACUGAUACAGACACACUGUCUCUUCUCUCUCUCUCUGUUUAUGUUCACAGAUCUCUCUCCUCUCCUCUUCCUUUCCAAAACCAUCUCCUCCUUCACCACCUUUCAUUAUAAUCUUUCCUCUCUUACCAAACCAUAAAACAAGAAACAAACCUAAAAAACAAAAAUUAAUUCUCCUUUUUGUCAGACAAUCUGAGUUUCUAUCAAGUAAAACCCUGUCUCUCUGUAUUGUCCUCCUCUUUGAUUACUUGAUCAAAAGAAACUCCUUUAAAGUAUCACAUUGUACCCUAUCGCGUGUCUCACAAGAAAAGAUCUAGGGUUCUUGCUUCCUCCUCUGUUUUUAUUCUCUUUCUCACCGGAGUAAGGAGAGAUGGAGCUCGGUGAUUCUUCGGCGGUGAUUCCAGACUCGUUCAUGGGAUACAGAGACGACAUCACAAUGCAAAUAUCAAUGAUCUUGGAUCAGAUUCGAGCUCCGUUGAUCGUCCCAGUCCUCAGACUCGCAGUUUACAUCUGUUUAACGAUGUCGGUGAUGCUAUUUGUGGAAAGGGUUUACAUGGGAAUAGUAAUCUCACUCGUGAAACUCUUUGGUCGGAAGCCAGAGAAACGUUUCAAAUGGGAACCGAUGAAAGACGACAUCGAGCUCGGAAACUCUGUUUAUCCUAUGGUUCUUGUUCAAAUCCCAAUGUACAACGAACGAGAGGUUUAUCAGCUAUCUAUUGGAGCUGCUUGUGGGCUCUCGUGGCCGUCUGAUCGAAUCGUCAUUCAAGUUCUUGAUGAUUCCACUGACCCAACGAUCAAAGAUCUAGUGGAGAUGGAGUGUAGUAGGUGGGCGAGUAAAGGAGUGAACAUAAAGUAUGAGAUCAGAGACAACAGAAACGGGUACAAAGCUGGAGCUUUGAAAGAAGGUAUGAAGAAGAGUUACGUCAAAAGCUGUGACUACGUGGCGAUUUUCGACGCUGAUUUUCAGCCUGAACCGGAUUAUCUCUGGAAAACCGUACCGUUCCUCCUCCAUAACCCUAAGCUUGCUCUCGUUCAAGCUCGCUGGAAAUUCGUAAAUUCGGAUGAAUGUUUGAUGACAAGAAUGCAAGAAAUGUCGUUGGAUUAUCAUUUUACGGUCGAACAAGAAGUUGGUUCUUCUACAUACGCAUUCUUCGGUUUCAACGGGACUGCGGGAAUAUGGAGAAUAUCGGCAUUAAACGAGGCUGGUGGUUGGAAAGAUAGAACGACCGUAGAAGAUAUGGAUUUGGCCGUUCGAGCUAGUCUCAAGGGUUGGAAAUUUUUGUACCUUGGUUCUUUGAAGGUUAAAAACGAGUUACCAAGUACAUUCAAGGCGUAUAGGUAUCAACAGCACAGGUGGUCAUGUGGUCCAGCAAAUCUUUUCAGGAAAAUGGCAUUUGAAAUCAUGACCAACAAGAACGUGACAUUAUGGAAGAAAGUUCAUGUGAUAUAUAGCUUCUUUGUGGUGAGAAAGAUCGUGGCACACAUUGUUACAUUCAUCUUCUAUUGUGUGGUCUUACCAGCUACGGUUCUUGUACCUGAAGUUAUUGUACCUAAAUGGGGAGCGGUUUACAUUCCGUCCAUCAUUACUCUCCUCAACGCCGUCGGUACACCUAGGUCACUCCAUCUCAUGGUAUUUUGGAUUCUGUUCGAGAAUGUGAUGUCUCUUCACAGAACAAAAGCUACUUUCAUCGGUUUACUCGAAGGAGGAAGAGUUAACGAGUGGAUUGUCACUGAGAAGCUCGGUGAUCUCAAGGCUAAGUCAGCAACCAAGGCUCCAAAGAAGCUUCGUUUUAGAUUUGGAGAUAGAAUCCAUGUCUUGGAACUUGGUGUAGGAAUGUAUCUGUUUUCUAUCGGAUGCUAUGACGCGUUAUUUGGGAAGAAUCAUUAUUAUCUAUACCUUUUCGCGCAAGCAAUCGCCUUCUUCAUCGCUGGAUGUGGGCAGAUUGGGACAGUGGUGCCUAACUAUUGA